AGGAAUCAGACCUCAGUUAAUCAUAUGACUGCGAGUGCACGCAACCGGCCCUUCAUUGAGACCUCUCAACUGCUAAGUUCAAUAUUUAAAAAAAAAAUUUGAGGCAGAAAUUGCCUGUAUCCUGUGGAAAUCGAAGCAAAAUGGCCGACAUCAUGAUGUAUAAUGUGAUCAUAUUGGGAUUCGCAUUUAUGUUUGUCUUUACUGCUUUUCAGACGACUUCCGGAAUUGAGGAAACGGUGAUUGAGAGUGUCCAACACGACUCGUCCAACAGUACCCGGCAGGAGUUUGAAGGGAGUGGCUACUACAGUUUAGCCAUCAUCUACGGAGUGUUUGCAUUCUCCAACUGGCUAGCGCCCUCUGUAGUCAGUCUGAUCGGUCCGCGGGCGACCAUGUUCAUCAGUGGGGCUGUCUAUACUGGGUUUAUAGCCAUCUUCCUGAGUCUCAAAAUAUGGAGUUUGUACAUGAUGUCUGUGUUUCUAGGAAUAGCUGCAGCAUUGAUAUGGACGGCCCAGGGCAACUUUCUGACAAUCAACUCGACCAGUGAGACAAUGGGACGUAACAGUGGCAUAUUCUGGGCCAUGCUUCAGUGCAGUCUCCUCUUUGGAAACAUCUUCAUCUACUUCGAAAUUGGGAAAACCAGUGCCACGUACAUAACUGAAACAACACGAACGACCAUCUUCCUCGUCCUCACCUCUGUGUCUGGUAUCGGAGUGCUGAUAUUCCUGUUGCUUCGCAAAGUGCCACCGAGGGACGAAAGCUCCAUCCAGUCCACAGAGCAGAGCCCAGAUACCGAUGUCAGGUUGGGCCCAGUCCAGUCAUUAGUUCGGUCGUUCCAACUACUCAAGAUGAAAGCUAUGCUGCUGUUGAUGGUGUGUUUUUUUUACACAGGCCUUGAGUUGACGUACUUCAGUGGUGUCUAUGGAACCUGCGUUGGUAACACCCAUCUGUUUGGUAUUAAAUCCAAGAGUUACGUCGCCUUGUGUGGUAUCUUGAUUGGAUGUGGAGAAAUCCUAGGUGGAGCCAUCUUUGGCCUGAUGGGACGUCGUACCAACAAAUACGGCCGUGAUCCCAUCGUCCUGCUUGGCUUCAUCGUUCACAUCAUCGCCUUCUAUCUCUCCCUCGUCAACUUACCCUCCGGCUCACCCAUUAGUGACACCUUUAACCAAGAAGGCUACAUCCAACCCAAUCUGGCGCUUGCCUUAGUCACUGCUUUUCUGCUUGGCUUUGGAGAUGCCUGUUUCAACACCCAAGUCUAUUCCAUUCUGGGGUACCUCUUUCCAAACGACAGUGCCCCUGCCUUUGCACUGUUCAAAUUUACACAGUCUCUAUCAGCAGCCAUUGCCUUCUUCUAUGCCAAGCAUCUUCUCCUUCACUGGCAGCUGUUGAUUCUUGUCGUCUUUGCUGUGCUGGGUACGAUGUCCUUUGCCGUGGUGGAGUGGACUGCUAGCAGGAGAGUCAGGGAAGGAUAUGAGAAGAUUUAGCCAGGUUAGCUAAAUUGAGACCAAGUGUUCUGAAUUACAUCCCUUGUUACCUGCAACCAGACUUGUGAUUUGACGUGUGAUUGACUCACUGUCAAUUUUGUUACAUAAUUAUGUGGUAUAAAAAGCCAUUAAAAAUUGGUUCCAGUUCAUUCCUUAACCAGUUCGCGCCAGAGGCCGUGUAUACACGCAAAUGUUUUGCAGUAUUCAGAAAAGAUGACAGAUAAAGAUGCAGGGAGCGAGGCCAGAAAAAUCGGUCAGCGACCCGCUCACAACGAGCGAGGCCAGUAAUAUGGGCGUGCUACCUGAGGGUGAUGGCUACAACUCCCCUGGCUUCAGGUAGAGUGAAAAGUAUUCCCACGCAUCGUUCUGUUCUUGUCAAAAUAAUCCCGGUGUGAACUGGUUAAUUGACUGUAUCCAGAUAGAAAGGCCAUCAAUUGUUUUCAAAAAUAAAAGUUUCCUUUAAUUGUUGUAGGCUUGGAGCACCAGCAAAGUGAACUGGUGUGAUUCUGCAGCUGACGUAUUGAAAUAUUUUUUUCAUAUGAGAAUUUUGUUUUCUCAUUUACAUCAGCUCUAAUAAAGUGGGGCUAACAAAUGUUGAGAAAUGUCCAUUUGAUUAAACAUGGCUGGGGGUGGGGAAGGCCACUCUAGCAUUUUUGAGUAUACUUUUACUGCAGAAAGCAUAGUAGUUACACAGCGUCCAUGUGAUUUUUCAUAUGUACCAAGUUAAAAAUGUACUAGGUCAACUCAGAAUGAUUGUGUGUAAAUAUAGAUGCAUGCUGGAUUGCUGGUAUUAUUUUACCUUGCUUUUGGCCUUUAUACAAAGCCUUCUUAUAUGAUCUGAAUAUGUUGUAUGUUAUGUACAUUAAAAAUUGAAAUGAUUUCAAUGUUAAAAACAAAAACUCGCCUCCAAAAGGAUAGUACUCACAAACAAAAAGUAAUGGUGGUGGUGUGGAAUUGCGUGUGAUUAAUGAAGGACAGGUUAGGGUUCAGUAUUAAUUACAUCAAGCAGAGACUGAAAUAAAGAAAAAGAGAUCGUUAUAUCAGUAAUGUUUUCCUUAAAAUUGUUUAAUAAUGAACUUGUAACAAUGUACCUGCCACAAGCAAAACACAUUUAAACAGCAAGUGGACAAAUACUAAAAUCUGUUUUAAGUUUCAAUCAUAGGUGAUUAAAAAAGUGAUGUAAAACUUCAUGUGUUGAAAUUUGGGUUUGUUUUUAUAAAAUCACAUUGAAUUUAAAAAAAUAUAUACCAAAUGUAAUAAAAAUGUACCCCUUAUUAUCAAACGUGAUUGUGUACAAUACAAAACUACAGUGUUGUAUCUAUUUGAAUUACAUUUAUUUUUCACUUAAAAAUGUUGGCAAUUUAAAAAAGUGCCAUUUUUUUCUGUGAAGUGUAACUUUACUGCUACAAAUUUUAUCAGAAGCUUAUCGACGGUGAUGUAUUUUUCUAUUUUUGCCAAAGAAAAUUGAUGAAUAAAAGCUUUGCAAAAUCACAA